CACGUGCACGUGGCUGCGUCUCUCCUCGUAGUGCAGAUAUCGAGUUUGUCUUAAAAGCCAAACAGAACACGUGUUAACGUGUCUACAUACGAGGCGCCGCGUCCAUACCAGCAUGCGGAGGAGCCGGAUAUUAAAAGGCACAGUGAGAACAAGUACGCGCACUUCCGCUUCUACAGCGCAGCUGUGAGUUUAAGAGGCGACGCCGCGUCCUCAGAGCCGCUUUCAGUUCAGCGGCGGCCGGAUCUCUAAUGUGCGCGCAGCGUCACCGCAAGGGACCGGUUCAUCGGCGGUGUGGACCGAGGUGCUAGCGUCCCGGGGGGGGUGUCUGGAGUCGAACCCUCGUCGGCUUUCUAUGCGGCACACGGCGGACGGAACUUUACGCGGGGCGAACAGCAGGUGACCGGGUGGCAUCUCACGGCGUCCGAUCGGAUGCGCGGAUCGGCAUGGGGAACCAGAUUGACAAGCUGUCGCAUUUAAAUUACCCCUAAGUUCCCCCGGUGGACCCGAACGGCGCGGACGCGGAGGACGCUCCGCGGCUCGGCGUCUCUUACAUAUUCUCUAACGACGACGACGACGACGACCACCACCACCACCCGGAGGACGGAUGCGCGAUCGACGGCACGGCGAAGGAUCCGAAUCCGGAAGAGAAGCGCUACAACCAGCGCGACGAGGUGGAGUGCGCCGUCUACCACCGGGACGAGUGCAUCUACGAGCGCGGCGCCGGGCGCGCCGGCCGGGAGGUCUCCUCCCCCGAGAACCUGCUGAACAAGUGCAAAGCGGGGGACCUGGUGGAGUUCGUGGCCACCGCUCAGCUGCCGCACUGGGCCGUGUACGUGGGGGACUUUCAGGUGGUGCACCUCCACAGGGCCGAGGUGAAAAACGGCUUUCUGACAGACGCCGGCCAGGGGAGGAGGUGCAGGAUCGUGAACGACCUGUACAGGUGGAGAGCUCUCGCCCCGGACAUGGUGGUGCAGAACGCGAUGGAGCAAGUGGGCUUGAAGGACCGGGGGCUGAGCUGGAGGAACUCCGAGUGCUUCGCCGCCUGGUGCAGGUUCGGCAAGAGGGAGUUGAAAACGGGGGGGGAGAUCCGCAUCGGCAAACAGCCCUACAGGUUGAAAGUAGCGCUGUCCGACAAGCAGUCGCACGUUUUGGAGUUUCAGAGCUUGGAGGACGCGAUCAUGGAGAAGAGGAGGAACGAUCAGCUGGGCAGGGGCGGCGUGCCAGAGCUGGCCACUCACUUCAGCAGCGUGGGGAAGAUAACAAGUGACUAAUGAGGAGGAGGAGGAGGAGGAGGAGGAGGAGGAGGAGGCUUCUUCCUCCUCCUUUGCGAUGCUUUUCAUAACAACAUGCUAUACAAGUAGAGUAGCCUUUUACUAAACAUUAAUCUAUAGCAAGCCUUCACAUUAGUUGGAGCACACGUGUCAUCAUUUACUCAGAUAUUGUCAUUUUAUAUGUUUUUCAUAUGCGAGUGAAACAAUUUGAAUGCCUUAAAGCCCCCAGACUCUUAAUGGCCUUAGAAAUGUCACUUUUGUGGGGUCAAUGGAGUGAAUUGAAUAGGUCUGCUUGUUUAGUGACGCUCUGGCAGCCCUUCCACACGGGAUGUGUAGCUUUACAUAUGAAACUGUCUCUGUCCUGUAAGUAGAGUGAAUGUUUCUCUAGCGGUGAACUCUGUUACUUGAUCCUCGUGUGGUUUCGUCUCUCAGCUCGCUCAGACAGAAAUGUGUCAGAGCUGCUCGACUGAAGGAUUCUUUCUGCCUUUUUAAAAAAAGAAAAAAAUUCUCCUCCCAGCACCGUUUUGUAUGGAAUGUCGUGGAGCUGGUCAUGUGUUACACGGAUCAAUGUCUUAACUGUACCAGAAGUUCAAGUAAACCACGAUCCCCUCUCCCUUAUCAAAAGGACUCUUCUCUCGUGUUGUUUCGCCUCCAGGAUGUUCGCUACAGACUGUCAGCCGUGCGUUUUUUAAGAUGAUCAGUGUGCCCUUAAUUCAUCUCGUCUUGGAAAUUGGUCUAAUUUGCUGGGUUUUAAAAGCAACUUGUUUAAAUAUUAAUUAAUUAAUGAAUUAUUAAGAUGAGUGCUGGGAAUGUAAUGAAAUCAAACCAAAGCUAUUUGCCACUAUCAGGGCAUUAAUGUUUUAUGUAUUUUGUUAUAGAAAAACUAGUUACCGUCACUGAUCAUAACAUUAUAACGGGCAAGUUGACAUUUAUAAAUCUGUUUUCUUUAUUUCUGAAUAAGCACCAUAAGCAGCAGCUCAGUCUAUUAAUAAUCUAUCCGUCAAUAUUGUCCCUGUUAAGAGGCAAAGUGGUGGAGCACAAUGAUUGUGUAUCAGAACCAGUGAGCAACAGUCAAAAUAAUAAUGUUUUUUUAAAACAUUUUUAUAAACUGCAUUAAUGUGCAUUGAAACAAGUGUCGGCAUUAACAGAUUAAUGCAUGAACGUCCCGAUAACGCGUUAAUGUGCCCAACGCUAACUGAGACCAGCGUUAAGUGAACUGGGUUAAAUCAGGUCACCACUGUAAGAAUAAUGCGACCGGCAGAGUGUAAACCAGACUACAGGAGCACCGGCCUUCUGCCUGUUCCUCAGGUGAAACAUAAGCAACCACUGAUUUUGUUCUCUGGCAAAGUUCUGGAAAAAACAAUAAAUCAUCCGAGCUCACACUAUGUGAGGAUCUGCUUUAUAUAUUUGUUAACUCGAUGUUUUAUGAGUUUUUGACGUCCAGGCAAAACAAGGAUUUCAGAUUCAACACCUUGGACUAGGAAGCUUUUAUUUAAUGACAUUGCAGGAAAUAAACCAUCACAAAACACUUCCAUCCGAUCAAUUGACACUGAGAGCAAUUGGUUUCUCUGUUAGGGGGAUCGAUUGCAACGAUUCCGGCGGCCUGACGGCCAACAAACGUUAAUAAAUUCAUAGAUGGGGGGCCUAAAGCAACAAUCCUCAAGGGACCCAGCAUUGCUUGCUGCCGUGCACCAAAGACUCAGGACUGGACAAAAUGAAGCAUUAAAGUAACGAGUGAUAAUAAGAAUAAUAACCUGAAGAGCACAGGGGAACAUGAUGAAACACCAUUGCAUCAAUGGAAAGAGGGCUCACUAUGACUCAUGACAGCAGUGUUUAGUUAUUGUGGUAGAAGCUUUAUACUCUCUGCAGCUGACCAACAUCGAUUCUCUUGAUUCUUAUGUUGUUUUUAUUUUUACGUAUUCAUUAAUUCUAAUAGUUCAUUGUCUUAAACGUAACUCUCUAGGCUAAAAUUAGUUUCCAACUUAUGUUAGUUCAUUCAAAAUGCUUGAAAUAAAAUCAUACGAAUGUUUUAGGCAUUUUAUUUUUAAAUAUUACAGUUUCUAAGUCAGAAAUGUCUGCAUUAUUGCACUAAAUUGCUCCAUAAAGUAACCAUAUGAGGAAGCCGUAAACCCACAGCUCCUCCAGCAGCCCGAACUCCACUUUCAAAUAUGUCGGACGAUUGAACUUGACAUAAUCUAUCGAUCUAUUCGAUGGUCUGUCAAAUCUCUAAAUGGACGUCCAUAAUGACCACAGCGAUAGAUUGAACUUCAAUGGAACAUUAGUGGUAAUUAUCUGUCUACUUUAGCCCCCACGCGGCGCGUUUUCCAAGCAGCCGCUUCCUGGCAGUGCUGGAAUGAAAUCAGGACGGGUUAAACCCUCCUUAGGGUCUCGUCAAGUAAUUUACCAAAACCGGAGUGCAUCUGUGCAGAUGUUACUGCUUUGGCUGCAAAGAAGUUUCACCAUCUCGUGUGUCAAAAGCCACCCGGUAUUUGAGCUUUGCGCUGCAGGAGCUGCUUCUUGGGGUGUUUGCAUUGAGGAGGCGAGGUUGUCCACGUUGUUGUUGGGUGCUGUUUGUGUUUUAUUUGUAGUUUCCAGAUACACUGAUGCAGUUUUUUCGUUGUUGUUGUUUGCGCCCCUUUGAAAUUGAUAGUGUUGUCCACUCGGUACGCAUUGUGUCUUCCAGUGUGAACAUCAGCGGUUUUCUUUCUCGAGCUGUUCCUCUUUAAGGUCUGAAGACGUGAAAGUAUUUGACCACAGGGGACACGCAGAUUUAAAUGAACAUUAUUUUGUUCUUUAAUUUCAUGCCAACACCCAGCAGGGGUUUCAGUCUUUUUCCAACGGAAAACAGAAAGAAUUGUCGGUGUCUUUGACUUUCAACCUCACGUGUGUUGCUGCACUUGAAUAAAGAGAAAUUUAGCAA